AACCUAGUCCCUCCAGAGUUUAAGGCAAACGUUCUGCGAAAGUAAAACUGAUAGCUUUUGGUUAUUCCUUUCUAGUACCUACUGGUUAUAUUCGGAAUCUCUGUGGUCGUUUACCCAAUUAUCAUUUAUUUUUUAUUGAAAGAUAACAAAAGACAAGAAAAGUAAUUUUGCCUUUACAGAAUCUUAGUUUUGCCCUUGAAAAACAUUUCAAAGCCCUCACAAAAAUUUAAAAAAUAUGUUUUUCAUAGGUUUCUUGAUGUGCUCUACAAUCUGGACAGAUCAGAAAAUGUUUUGGAAAAAAAAGUUUUUGACCUAGAAAACUGGUUUUCCAAAAAUCGGAUCUCCGGAGGCCUAGCAGCCCAAAUGCUUGUCAUAGUCGGAUUCAGCAUGUUUGAUUACCUAUUGUCCACUAGCUUAGAGCUCAAAAGCGAGUUGACAGUUGGGGACCUUUCCUCGUUAGAUACUCAUACUUAGUUUUUAUUAUAAAUUACUUCGUAGUAGUAAUUUUGGCUUAGCGAUUUUGUUUGAUAACUAUGAUUUCAAUUUAUUAACUUAGCAAAAGAAAUUUUACUCAGAUAUUAAUUAUCUAAUUUCGCCAAAAAGUACUUCUAAUAGGGGACGGGCUUCAAGUACGUGAGGUUACCGUUGGGCUACUAGCAGGCGACAAAAUUUGACCGCAAUAGAAGACCACCCUUUAGAACUUGACUUGAGAGACAAAAUAGAAGACCAGGUGGUCUUCUAUUAUGGGGGGGUUUAGCAAAUAUUUUGGUUACUGAGAAUCUAUAAAUUAACUGAGCCUUCAGUAUUUUCACUUAUCAGUCAAUUUAUUUACAUGGGUCACUCUGAAAGUUUUUAGAUUUACAAUGCUCUUAGCUCAGUUUAAAAUAAUUUUAUUAUAUUUGUUCUAAGUAAUGUCCUUGUAAACUAAUGCACUUAUUCAUUCUUUCAAACCAUUGUUCAUAGCAUUGGUAGAAAUCUGCUGAAUACAGAUGAAUGUCUUUCAAAUGUUUUAAAACAAGUGGAGGAACGUCGACGUCUUAAUGAUCUUAUUAUUCAUCAUGACAAUGCAUCAACUCACAAGGCAACACAAACAAUGGAAUAUUUAAAUGCUCAACGUGUUAAAUUAAUGGGUCAUCCAGCGUAUUCACCAGACUGA